CCCACCAUGUCCGAAGUAAAAGUACCAAACUUCAGUGUAUCAGACUACAGCAAAUUCUUCUCAGCUGGCGCUAUAUGCUGUACGCUAUCCCAUGGAUUAAUGACGCCAUUAGACGUUGUUAAAACAAGAGUACAAGUCGACGAUGCAUUUAAAGGCAUGAGUUUAGUCAGAGGUGCUAAACAGGUCAUUGCCAAAGAAGGUUCAUCUGCUUUGUUAACCGGCUUUGGUCCAACUGCCAUCGGAUACCUCUUUCAAGGUGGACUAAAGUUCGAAAUGUAUGAAUACUUCAAAAGAUUGAGUGUUCUAAGUGUUGGCUCGCACGAAGAAGCUGUCAGGAAGCGCACACCGAUUUAUUUAACAUCAGCUGCAUGUGCCGAGUUUGUAGCUGACAUAGCCUUGUGUCCACUGGAAGCAACAAGAAUUAGAUUAGUUAGUGACAAAAAUUUCGCUAAUGGUAUGGUAGAUGGUUUUCUCAAGUUAACUCGUCAAGGUGGUCUCAGAGUCCUCUAUGCUGGAUUCACUCCCCUCUUAGCUAAGCAGGUUCCUUACGCUAUUGGUCAGUUUGAAGUUAAUGAGUUUUGUCACGAACUUGUCAAUAAAUCACUCGGAGAAGAGAAGAGAAAAGCUAUCAGACAAUCAAAGAGUGCUGAGUUAAGUUUAACACUUGGUUGUGGUAUUGUCGCAGGUGUAGGUGCUGCAGUACUUUCACAUCCUGGUGAUACAUUGCUAUCAAAAAUCAACAAAAACCCUGAUCCUACUAGAUCAGCUUCAGCACAGUUAAUUCACCUCGCUAAGGAGACUGGAUUUAGAGGUAUUUGGAGUGGUCUCGGCGCUAGAACUUGGAUGACUGCUGGAUUGGUUAGCAGCCAAUUCUUUAUGUAUAAAGCAAUUAAAGAUGCGCUGGGCGCCCCAGCCGGUAUAGAGAUACAUGGUUAGAUAUAAAGUUUUUUUAAAAAAAUUGUAAUUUAAACAAUUAACAUCCUACCUGAAAACC